AUAAAAAGGGAGAGGAACUCAAGGUUCUGCACUCGCAUCUUCAGCUUUGCGUUCUCGCCCGCCGUGCCUCGCCUCCCUCCACCCACCCACUCCAAGAUGACUUUCUGCUACCAGAGGCAGUGUGAGGACUCCUGCUACUCCCCCUGCAGCUACGGGACCGUGUACAGCUACCGGAGCUACGACUGUGGGAGCCCCUGUGGCUACCAGAGCGUCGGGGGGCUGUGCGGGUACCGCGACUGCUGCCCCUCCUACAGCACCCGCUACUGCUCCCCCUACUCCUCCCGCUACACCCAGAGGUACAGCUACAGGAGCUGCUACCCCUGCUCCCCCUGCUACCCCUGGUAAACCCGGCCUUGGAACCCCCUGGACAGGAAACUGAGCCCCAAAGAGCGAUUCCGUAUGGAUUUGUCUCCUGUUGAGCCCCCGUCGUGGCAGCAGGACCCCCCCCCUGCUCAGGGUUGGUCCUGAGGACUUGGCAUCUGCCCUCAAGCUGCUGCUGUUCUGAGUGAUUUGCUUUUCUUGUUGUCUUUCUCUUCCUUCGUAGCCUUUCUGGGUGAAUAAAUCGUGUAGAUUUGCAGCAGAGAGGAGCAGACGCCUCGUGCUGCUGCGCUGGGGGUUCUGCUCCUCCCCAGACACCACCUCAGUCCCAAAAACACCUGCUGUGAAACUGUAGUAACUCUCUGUUUAAGGAAUGUGUGAACCUCUGGAUACUCCUGUGCUACUACUACAAGCUGUAACUUCU